UCCUAAAUAGCAAGCGGAUUGAGGCAUUUGAUAAAUAUUAAUGAUAAUGAUAUUCAUAGAAUUUUAAUUGAAACCACACCCCUAACUUCCUCAAUAAGCGGAAGUGCAUAAUUUUUACUUAUUAAUUUUAGUCAUAAUUAUAUUCAUGACCAAAAAACCAUACAAAUUUAUCCUUUUCUUUUCUUUUAGUGCCUUUAAUUUGAGGUCACGUGAUAUUUAACUUUCUUGUAAAGCAGUCAAUUUCCAAGCGGGAGGGCCUGAGAAACUACAAAUUGACUUUGCAUGGCCUUAAGAUACGCUUUUCUUUGUCAACGGCACCGAUGGUUUUACUUAGGAGGAUGCAUAAUUCUACUCUUAGUGACUGUUGCAGUUGUAGGGCUAAUCAUUGCUGAAAAAUCGUUUCAAGUAGAAAGUUUAGGCCCAAUUAGUCUAAGUGGGCCUAAAGUGACAGAAAAUUCACUCCAACAGGUGAACAAUCUGGCACCAAAUAUUCAAGUAAAGGCAUCCAAGAAAUGUGUUUACAAUCAGAAAACGCCUACACCUCCUAUAAAAGCAUUAAAAGUUGUUGUGAAGAAUGAACCACCUCCAACAAUUUUUGCAAUUACUCAUACCAGAAAGAGACUUACCCAGUUACUAGAUCUGACGAGUUUGUGUCAAUCACUAAUGAAUGUUGAAAACAUGGAAUGGAUCGUUGUUGAAAAUACGUUCAAGAAGACUGCUCUUGUCAGUGAUUUAUUGAACUCUUGUAAAGUCAACUCUGUCCACCUUUUAUCUACCAAGUAUAGCAUGCUUACAAAGACAAAUGGCACUGACACCAACAUUCCUUCUGAGAAAAUUGGUUUGCAACGUGGUGCUAAAGAAAAGAAUACGGGCUUGGAGUGGAUAAGGAAGUGGUGUCAGAAACCUGAGAACUGCAGCGGACUCGUGUAUUUUCUUGAUGAUGAGAGCAAGUAUGAUCUGAGGUUGUUUAAGGAGAUGCGGAAGAUACAACAUGUUGGUGUGUGGCCUGUUGGUUUUGCUGGACAAUCAAAGUUUCAAGGGCCUGUCUGUAAAAAUGGGUCUAGUGUUGAAUGGCACACCCUUCAUGCAACUACAAUACCUUUUCCGAUCAGCAGCCUUGGUUUUGCUGUGAAUUUGCACUGUCUGAUUGACCACCCUAAAGUUCUAUAUGGUUAUGCUCCCAGUUCACGUAUCAAAUCUUUAGCUGGCUUCGAAGAGUCUGAUUUUUUAAGUAACUUCUUAACAGACUGUCUGGAUCCUAGACUGGAGUGCCGAGGAUCAGAUAAAGAGGUAUAUGUUUGGCAAGUGAAGUCGCAGAUUCACCCAUUUCUUCGCAAGCAUAAGUAUCGCUGGAAAUACAAACUGAGAACUUGAACAAUUAUUUUGUUGACACGAAUCGUUACAUUUUAUUUUUUUACAGUUAUAUAGUGUUUAUAGUAUACAUAAAAUUUAAUCAGUUCUUCUUGAGCUUUUGUG